CUCAGAUCCGUGUAAGCUACGAAUAAAUCUUCUGCACGGCAGGCACCCUAAAUUUCGACCCUUCUUGGAAAUAGAUGAGGCAUCAUCAUGUUGACCAGCAUUGCAGAACGUAUCAUGUACUGCCUAACAGGCAAAACCCCCAACUCUGUGGGUCCAGUAGAAAUGUCAGAAACCAGUGAUGGGUAUGAUUUCCUGGAGGUCAAGCCAGGCCGGGUCUUACGAGUGCGACAUAUCUUGCCUUCUUGUCCUGGUGGUAGAGAGGAGGAAGAAUUCGUUGAAGAAAAAAAUGGAGGGCAAGGAUUGGUCCACUGCAAGCGCCGGAUAACUGUUUACCGUAAUGGCCAGUUAGUAAUAGAGAAUCUUGGGGCCACUCUUCGUUCAGAAAUCUUGCAUUGCCGAAAUGGUAAUUCAGAGCCUGCAGGGACACUAGAGGUGGAGCUGUCUGAUUUUACUAGCACAGGCAAUGAAGUAGGAGGAAAGGAGAGUGAUGCUCCUCCCGGUAAGAGAAGAAAACGUAAACCCAAGAAGGUAAUUAUGGUUGACUGCCAAAGACAGGUGACUUGUUGCAAAGGCACCCAUUCUGACGUGGUCCUGUUUUUCAUCCAUGGAGUUGGGGGAUCCCUUGAUAUUUGGAAGGAGCAACUGGACUUUUUCUCCAAACUUGGAUACGAAGUAGUGGCACCAGAUUUGGUGGGGCACGGAGCCAGCACUGCUCCACAGAUUGGGGCUGCUUACAGCUUCUAUGCCCUUGCAGAAGACAUGAGGUGCAUUUUUAAACGCUAUGCCAAGAAAAGAAACAUCCUGGUUGGACAUUCUUAUGGGGUUUCCUUCUGCACUUUCUUGGCCCAUGAAUAUCCUGACCUGGUGCACAAGGUAGUCAUGAUAAAUGGAGGCGGUCCUACAGCACUAGAACCCAGCCUGUGUUCUAUUUUCAACAUGCCCACCUGUGUACUACACUGCCUGUCCCCCUGCCUGGCCUGGAGUUUCCUCAAGGCUGGAUUUGCAAGACAAGGUGCCAAAGAGAAGCAGCUCCUACGGGAGGGUAAUGCCUUCAAUGUGUCAUCUUUUGUGCUUAGAGCCAUGAUGAGUGGACAGUAUUGGCCGGAAGGGGAUGAGGUCUACCAUGCAGAGCUCACAGUCCCUAUUCUAUUGGUGCAUGGCAUGCAUGACAAAUUUGUUCCUCUUGAUGAAGACCAGAGGAUGGCAGAGAUUCUCCUGAUCACUUUCCUAAAAGUAAUAGAGGAAGGAAGCCACAUGGUAAUGCUUGAGUGUCCAGAAACUGUUAACACACUCCUCCAUGAGUUCCUCCUGUGGGAACCAGAAACACAGAGCACUGCAGCAGAGGAUACUGGGAAUGAAUGAAGAGAAGGACAAUCACAGAGUGGCUAGAAACAGAAGAGACUUUUCUGCUAUUGCCCCAAACAAUGGAGAAAGUCCAAGUUUGGUGAAGAGGCCUGGUGGUCUAUUUUCACUGACCAAGGUUUUAGAAAAGACUUUGGCUCCCAGAGGAUGGCGAGAAGGAAGAAAAGAAAUCCAGAAAAGGCAGAAAAUGUAUGUAUCCAGCAUUAGGAAGAAUGUUUCCACCAUCCCUCCUGCUUACACUUACCGAGAAACAAAUAGCAGGGUAUAGAAUAAAAUUGAUCUGGGUGCAUUGUAGGUAACACAUCAGACUAAUUGGCAGAUAGUGCAGAAUUACGUUGUGUUACCUAGUGACAACCAAUGCUAUCCAAAUCCUAAAAUCAGAGGAAGAAAUCCUCUGGAUUCUGAGAAGUAAUAAGAUCAAAAACAUAAAUAGAAGACUGCAGAUAAAUCACAUAUUACUUUGAAAAAGACAGUGUUGAUCACAUCUUUAGAACAUGUAGCAUUUUCCUGUUGUAGGCAGGGUACUUCAAGUUAACCCCUUCCUUGCCAGGGAGGAACUCAAGGCAGCGAACAUGUUAAUAACUAUUGAAAUAUUUGUACUCAUAACAGGCCCAGUGGAUGAAAAAAGGGGUAAAUGUAAAUGCUUUGAGAAUAUGAAAAAUCCAAGCUAAAUGUACAUUCUGUGGCUCACAUGUAAGAUGAAUAUGCCAUGUUCGUAUGCUCCAGUUGUAAACACUGGCACCACAAACUGCAGUAUUAACUCUAAAUAAACAUUAUUUAUUCAUA